AUGCCAUACAACACGACCUUCUACAUGCCACCCAACACCAUCUACUACAUGCAAUACAACACGACCCUUUACAUGCCAUACAACACGACCUACUACAUGCCAUACAACACGACCUUCUACAUGCCAUACAACACGACCCUCUACAUGCCAUACAACACGACCUUCUACAUGCCAUACAGCACGACCUACUACAUGCCAUACAACACCACCUACUACAUGCCAUACAACACGACCUUCUACAUGCCAUACAACACGACCUACUACAUGCCAUACAACACGACCUUCUACAUGCCAUACAACACGACCUUCUACAUGCCAUACAACACCACCUACUACAUGCCAUACAACACGUCCUUCUACAUACCAUACAACACGAUCCUCUACAAGCCAUACAACACGACCUUAUACAUGCCAUACAACACGACCUUCUACAUGCCAUACAUGGCAUACAACACGACCUUCUACAUGCCAUAUAACACGACCUUCUACAUGCCAUACAUGGCAUACAACACGACCCUCUACAUGCCAUAUAACACGACCUUCUACAUGCCAUACAACACAACCUCCUACAUGCCAUAUAUGCCAUACAACACGACCUACUACAUGCCAUACAUGGCAUACAACACGACCUUCUACAUUCCAUAUAGCACGACCUUCUACAUGCCAUACAACACCACCUACUACAUGCCAUAUAUACCAUACAACACGACCUUCUACAUGUCAUACAACAGUCAGUGA